UGGGAGGAGGGCCCAUCCGGGGGGCGGGGCCGAGUGCGGUAUCCGCCCCCAGCACCGGCUCUGAGCCAAGGGCAGGCGGCUUCAGCCUCACCUACCGCGCGAGGUUGGGUGGGUGACUCAGGCGCUUCCGGGAGGAACCUUGCGUAUUUCCGGCCAAGAUGGCGGCGCCCAGCAGAGUCAGGUGCGGGCGACUGWGUCUUUAGGCGCGGCGGGGGCUCGAGGCUCGGGAAGACCCCCAGGAAUCGACCCAUCAGGACGACAGAGCUGCCUCAGCGGUGACCACCUUGUCUCCCACAACAUAUUCUUCCCUCCUUCACAAACGGUCCAUGGCAGACAAAGGCUCCGGGGGCAGUCGCCUCCCCCUGGCGCUGCCCGCAGCAUCUCAGGGUUGUUCGUCAGGGGGCAGCGGCUCUUCAGCAGGGGGCUCGGGCAAUCCCCGGCCCCCACGCAACCUCCAAGGCUUGCUGCAGAUGGCCAUCACGGCGGGCUCUGAGGAGCCAGAUCCCCCUCCAGAACCCAUGAGUGCGGAGCGUCGUCAAUGGCUGCAGGAGGCCAUGUCAGCCGCCUUCCGAGGCCAGCGAGAGGAGGUGGAGCAGAUGAAGAGCUGUCUCCGAGUGUUGUCCCAGCCCACGCCGCCCAUGGCUGGUGAAGCUGAAUUGGCUAAUGACCAGCAGGAGCGCGAGGGGGCCCUGGAGCUGCUGGCUGACCUGUGUGAGAACAUGGACAAUGCUGCAGAUUUCUGCCAGCUGUCAGGCAUGCACCUGCUGGUGGGCCGGUACCUGGAGGCGGGGGCUGCAGGGCUGCGGUGGAGGGCGGCUCAGCUCAUCGGGACGUGCAGUCAGAACGUGGCGGCCAUCCAAGAGCAGGUGCUGGGCCUUGGGGCCCUUCGCAAGCUGCUGCGGCUGCUGGACCGGGAUGCCUGCGACACGGUACGCGUCAAGGCCCUCUUCGCCAUUUCCUGCCUCGUCCGGGAGCAGGAGGCUGGGCUGCUGCAGUUCCUCCGCCUGGAUGGCUUCUCCGUGCUGAUGCGGGCCAUGCAGCAGCAAGUGCAGAAGCUCAAGGUCAAGUCGGCAUUCCUGUUGCAGAACCUGCUGGUGGGCCACCCUGAACACAAAGGCACCCUGUGCUCCAUGGGGAUGGUCCAGCAGCUGGUGGCCCUCGUGCGGACGGAGCACAGCCCCUUCCAUGAGCACGUGCUUGGAGCCCUGUGCAGCCUGGUGACAGACUUCCCGCAGGGAGUGCGUGAGUGCCGGGAGCCCGAGCUGGGCCUGGAGGAGCUCCUCCGUCACCGCUGCCAGCUGCUGCAGCAGCACGAGGAGUACCAGGAGGAGCUGGAGUUCUGUGAAAAGCUGCUGCAGACCUGUUUCUCCAGCCCUACGGAUGACAGCAUGGAUCGGUGAAAGGAGGGGGCUUCUCACCCUUCUCCGCGGAGCCCCAGGCCUCCUGCCUCCCUCCCUCCCACCUGAGGCACUGUAGCCUUGUCGCCUGGGCCUGGGGCAUGCCAGGCUGUCUCUGGGCUGCCCCCUGGAGGGGUCCCCAAGAAAGGCUUCGGCUCCUGGGACCCCCACCUCCCGUGCUUGCUCACCCUCAGCCCCUUUCUCAUGUCUGCACUGUUCUUCCAAUAAAGGUGUUUCUCCUCCUCCCCCUUCACUGCCACCUUUGUCACCUCCUUUAAAGGGUGCUUGGGGGAGGGCAGGAGAGGCAUGAGCUUGGGGAGACUUGGGGAGCCACUGGAGAGGUAAUAAAGGUGUUGCUGUUU